AUGAAAGCUUCGGUCAAAUUCCGCGAGGAUCAGAAGCCAUUGUUGAGGGCCAAGGUGCCCCUCAGCAUAUUGGGCCUGCCCUUUCAAUCUGGAAUCGUUGCCGGCGAGUCUAAGGAGCUCACUCUCAAUCUCGGCACCUUCUUCGAAUCCGGACCCUCCAUCCGGGUCGGUUACCGCCCCAAUGACACGUCCAACCCCUUCUCCCUCGUCGUCAAGACUGGGACCGGUCCCUUCGGCUCGCCUAUCUCCAGUUCCAUGCUCAUGAGCGCCGAGUUCAAUCUGCUCGGCAGCGGGAAAAACCCUAGCUUCAUGCUCCACUUCAAGCCUCAGUUCGGAGACUUCUCGAUCAAGAAGUCGCAGUCCUCUGUCUUUCAAAAAAUCGUAGGUCCUGAUGACGGCGUCGUUUCGGCGGAGACACCAGCAGUGGAUACCGCUUUUAUGGGGAAGAAAAUCACGGUUUUGCCCUCGGAAAAUCAAGCGACCGGAAUUCUAGCCGGUGUGUUUUCCGGCAUGGAAAUGGCGGCGAGAACGUCGAUGCCGGUGAGGAACCGGGGGGUGGUGAGCUUGCGGUGGGGGGUUAGGGUGCCGGCGGAGAUGAAGAGUACUGGGGCUAAUCCGACGGCGGGGAUUGCGUUUCAGAAGAUCCCGUUCCUGGUGAUGAACAAGAUCGGGAUCGAACACGUGGACGUUGCAGAUUCGAAGGCUAAAACCACGAAGGCAGCAGAGGUGGAAAAGGGAUUGACAUUUCCGGGAAAUGCCGACGUGGCGGAGGCUUGCUUCACGGUGAAGCGUCAGCUGGAGGCUUUGCAGAGCGAGAACGGGUUGCUGAGAAAGGCUGUGGAGGAUCUCCGGCAGGAAAUCGCCGGCGCCACAAAGUCGAUUUCAAAUUCAGGCAAUAUUGGGGGCAGGAAUUCUGGCGGGAAAGUUGACUGGCGGUCAAACAGCGAGAAGAGGUCGUCGGAGGGUGAUGUGAGUGAGGAAUUGAAGAAGGCACUCAAUCACUGA